AUGGCCGAUGCUGACAAGGAAAACAUGGGGAAGGCAGUAGAAAAGCCUCCUCUGAAGGGGGCUGACAAUGCUGUGUUGACAAACAUAGUGUCCCAGGGAUUUAUCACAGUCUGUAUCCUAAUAGUGUACAUCAUCUUCAGAAAGAGGGCAAGAUGGCUUUAUUCACCCAACGUCAAAGACAGACCUUGCCAUCCGUGCUAUAACUACACCGGGUUUCUUAGCUGGAUCAUUCCUGUUGUGACGGUAAGCGACACAAUACUCUUAUCAAUCAUAGGAUUAGAUGCAUUUAUGAUGCUGCAGACAUUGAAGAUGCUGUACAGAAUUCUCUUUGUCCUAUCUUUCUUUGUUAUCCCAUCUCUGGGAUAUUUGUUCUGGACAAACCAGCGGGAGAACGUCGAGAAUUCUGAUCAAUGGCUUGUUAGACUUUCUCUAGGAAGCUUGGACCCAAAGUCCGAAAGUUAUGGAUUCAUAAUACCUGUUGUGUACCUUAUAUCUGCCUUUAUAAUGUACUCUAUCUUUAUAUACUACAAAAGAUAUAUCGUUCUAAGGCAAGCAUAUCUACGCAACCCAGCAAUAAUGACGUCCAUAAUAACACUGAAGAGACUCUCAAACAACCUUGGAAGUGCCGAGAAGUCUACAGAGUAUGUCAACCUUCCAAACAGAACGCUAAUUCUCUCGAGACUACCAAGCUAUGUGAAUAACGAUAUAGAUCUCUUUGAGUUUAUUGAUUCCCUCGGAGUUGGAGAGAUUGAUGACUGUGUACUCGUAUAUGAUACCAAUACUUUGCAGAGUCUUUAUAGUGAGAAGGACAGCUACAUCUAUAACAUCGAGAAAGAAAUCAAUGAAAAGUUUGCAAAGAUGCAAGACUGGUCGGAAAAGAAUCAGGAAGCAUGUGCAGAAAGUAUAUCUGGAUUUAAAGAGAGCAUCCUCAAAACUGUUGAGGAGGCCAACAUAGAGGGUGUUUUUGAUUCUUCACAGAAGAGACAACUUAUUGUUCUAUUUUUGGACGGAGCCAAGCAGUUCGAAAACACACUCAAGGAAGAUAUCCCAAAGGUAAACUUCUAUUUGGAAAAACUGAAUAACGUGAAUGGCAGAAUUAGCAAGGAAAAGGAGAUCAUAAAAAAUGAGGAAGCAAGGAAUAAGGACGUUAGGAUUGUCGAGCUAGUUUCACACAAUAACACUCUUUUCCUGCAAGGUGACAUAUCGCAGGAUGCAAGCUUCUUUUCGUUUCAUCACAUACUCAAUUACAGCAACUACAAGAUGUACUUUACUCUAGACCUCCCCUCAAAAACCAAAAGAGGAUUUGUUACGUUCAAGGACCAGAGAAGUGCAAAUAUAGUGAAGCAGUCACAAAUAGGAUCAAGAAUAUUUUCGGUCGCAUCGGAAGAUGCCCCGGCACCGAACGACGUCAUCUGGGAGAACAUAACAAACAGCGAGGUCGAAAACUACAUGUACAGUGUCUUUGGGGCGGUGUUUUUCAUUCUUUUUAUCAUCCUAUUCUCGUCGAUAGUUGCCAACAUUGUUACUUUGCUAGUAAGCACCGAGAUGUUUAGAGAAAACAAGCUUAUAUCCUCGUUUCUGGACAAGCAUGAGACUAUCACCGACUCCUUGCGAGGAAUCUUAUUCCCACUUAUUUACAACUCCAUGAUGGUGUUUGUCCCUACGAUCAUAACCGCACUUGUGAACAUGGAAGGAAUCUACUCAUACUCAACUUUCCAACAGAAGCUGAUGGACAAACUCUCCAACUUCCUGUUCUUCAACGGGUUUGUCUCGGUGUUCUUUGCAUCAAGCUUCUAUAGGCUCUUUGCAGAUGUUCUGUUCCGAAAUGAAAGAAUAUACAAUGUCAUCAAGGCGUUCAGUAAUGAGUCCCUAGAAUCGUCUGUAUUUUUCGCAAAUACAAUUAUCCAAAGGACCUUAGUGGGAACUGCAUUAACACUGCUGAAGCCUGCUCCGUUGCUGAUAAAUUACAUUAUCUUUCCAUUUACGGGGAGAAAGACAAGGAGGGAAAGAUUCGAUGCCGAGUUCUCUCCUCCAUUUGACUUCGGGACCAUAUUCCCGUCGUGUCUGACUGUAUUUUCGAUGUCUAUUGUCUACGCAGUCAUAUGCCCGCCAAUCCUUCUACUCGGAGCGUUUUUCUACUUAUGCAACUACUUAACGUUUAAGUCGGAGUUUUUGUAUGCUUCUAGAAACCAGUAUGAGUCCGGAGGGGGAUAUUGGGACUCUGCAUGCCAGAACAUAAUGUUUUCGCUUAUAUUUUUCCAGGUGGCAACCUUUGCAAAGAUGUCUUCGGACAAGAGAUUUUACCUCUCGAUGUUUCUUCUUCCCAUUAUUCUGAUCACAUUUAUAUUCCGCAGUAGCCUUAAGAAGAUGUUCUACAAGUCCUGCCACUUCUAUCCUCUAAACAUCAAGGAAGAGGAGUAUUUGGACACCUUUACAGAGAGGGUUCUUGUGGAAAGAGUCAAUCUUCUAGAAAGCUGGUCUGAAAUGGGAGGAGGGCCAGAUGUCGAUAUUCUUCCGCUGUCUGAGCUAGGAAUCAAGGAUACCAAGGAGAUUGAGAAGGAAUCAUACUACAACGACCCAAACACAGCCAAGUCAAACUCAUCCCUCAUCCUUCCCGAACACUUCUUCAAAACUGUUUGGUUUCUAGUGAACAACGAUAGAAACAAUCUGUUCGGAUUGAGAACAGAAUAA